AUGCCCAGGAGAAGGCUGCUUUGGGUCCCUCUGGACCUUUCCUAAAAGUGGGAUUCCUGUUCACUAGAUGAGUUCCAGAACCACGCACUAAGGCUUCUGCAGGCCUCUUCCCUCAGCUGAGCUUCGCCACCACCCCAGUUACUCUCGAUGAGUGGCUUGCUGGCCUCGCUGGACCCCCGGCGGGUGCAGUGGGGGGCUGCCUGGUAUGCCAUGCACUCCAGGAUCCUGCGCACCAAGCCAGUGGAGUCCAUGCUGGAGGGGACUGGGGCCACCACAGCGCAUGGCACCAAGCUGGCCCAGGUGCUCACCACUGUGGAUCUCAUCUCUCUGGGCGUCGGCAGCUGUGUGGGCACUGGCAUGUACGUGGUAUCUGGCCUGGUGGCCAAGGAAAUGGCAGGACCUGGUGUCAUCGUGUCCUUCAUCAUUGCAGCCGUCGCAUCCAUAUUAUCAGGUGUCUGCUAUGCAGAGUUUGGAGUCCGGGUCCCCAAGACUACAGGAUCCGCCUACACCUACAGUUACGUCACCGUGGGGGAGUUUGUGGCUUUUUUCAUUGGCUGGAACCUGAUCCUGGAGUACCUGAUUGGCACCGCAGCCGGCGCCAGCGCUCUGAGCAGCAUGUUUGACUCCCUGGCAAACCACACCAUCAGCCGCUGGAUGGUGAACAGCGUGGGAACCCUCAACGGCCUGGGGAAGGGAGAAGAGUCGUACCCAGACCUCCUGGCCCUGGUGAUCGCGGUCGUUGUGACCGUCAUUGUCGCCCUAGGGGUGAAGAACUCUGUGGGCUUCAACAACGUCCUCAACGUGCUGAACCUGGCCGUGUGGGUGUUCAUCAUGAUCGCAGGCCUCUUCUUCAUCAACGGGAAGUACUGGGCCGAGGGCCAGUUCCUGCCCCAUGGCUGGUCAGGGGUGCUGCAAGGAGCAGCCACGUGUUUCUAUGCCUUCAUUGGCUUUGACAUCAUCGCCACCACUGGAGAGGAAGCCAAGAACCCCAACACGUCCAUCCCUUAUGCCAUCACCGCCUCCCUGGUCAUCUGCCUAACAGCGUAUGUGUCUGUGAGCAUGAUCUUAACUCUGAUGGUGCCGUAUUAUGCCAUCGACACGGAGUCGCCACUCAUGGAGAUGUUUGUGGCUCAUGGGUUCUACGCUGCAAAAUUCGUAGUAGCCAUCGGGUCAGUGGCAGGACUGACGGUCAGCUUGCUGGGCUCCCUCUUCCCAAUGCCGAGGGUCAUUUAUGCCAUGGCUGGUGACGGCCUCCUUUUCAGGUUCCUGGCUCAUGUAAGCUCCUACACAGAGACACCAGUGGUGGCCUGCAUCGUGUCGGGAUUCCUGGCGGCUCUCCUCUCACUGUUGGUCAGCCUCAGGGACUUGAUAGAGAUGAUGUCUAUUGGCACACUCCUGGCCUACACCUUGGUCUCUGUCUGCGUCUUGCUCCUUCGAUACCAACCUGAGAGUGACAUCGAUGGUUUUGUCAAGUUCUUGUCUGAGGAGCACACCAAGAAGAAGGAGGGCAUCCUGGCUGACUGUGAGAAGGAAGCUUGUUCUCCUGUGAGUGAAGGGGAAGAGUUUUCUGGUCCAGCCACCAACACGUGUGGGGCCAAAAACUUACCAUCCUUGGGAGAUAAUGAAAUGCUUAUAGGGAAAUCAGACAAGUCAACCUACAACGUCAACCACCCCAACUAUGGCACCGUGGAUAUGACCACAGGCAUAGAAGCUGAUGAAUCUGAAAACAUUUAUCUCAUCAAGUUGAAGAAGCUGAUUGGGCCCCGUUACUAUACCAUGAGAGUCCGGCUGGGCCUUCCAGGCAAAAUGGACAGACCCACAGCAGCCACAGGGCACACAGUGACCAUCUGCGUGCUUCUGCUCUUCAUCCUCAUGUUCAUCUUCUGCUCCUUCAUCAUCUUUGGUUCUGACUACAUCUCAGAGCAGAGCUGGUGGGCCAUCCUCCUGGUUGUUCUGAUGGUGCUGCUGAUCAGUGCCUUGGUGUUUGUGAUCCUGCAGCAACCAGAGAACCCCAAGAAGCUGCCCUACAUGGCCCCUUGCCUCCCCUUUGUGCCUGCCUUUGCCAUGCUGGUGAACAUCUAUCUCAUGCUGAAGCUCUCCACCAUCACAUGGAUCCGGUUUGCAGUCUGGUGCUUUGUGGGUAUGCUCAUUUACUUCGGGUACGGCAUCUGGAACAGCACCCUGGAGAUCAGUGCCCGCGAGGAGGCCCUGCACCAGAGCACCUACCAGCGCUACGACAUGGACGACCCCUUCUCCACCGAGGAAGGCUUCUCCUACGCCACCGAGGGCGAGAGCCAGGCCUGGGGCGGGCCCGCCGAAGACAAAGGCUUCUAUUACCAGCAGAUGUCAGAUGCGAAGGCAAACAGCCGGACGAGUAGCAAAGCGAAGAGCAAAAGCAAACACAAACACAACUCAGAGGCCCUGAUUGCGAACGAGGAGCUAGAUUACUCUCCAGAGUAGGAGUACACGCGCCAGAGUAGGAAAGAUGACGAUUGCGGUUCGGGAACUUAACCUGCGGCCCGAAGGGGGAAACAUUUCUGGCUCUCACUUCACAAAUCCGGCCUUCCCCAAAGUCAAUCCCCAGUCAUAGCCUGUCAUCUGCUACUUCUGCUCUUCAGGAUAGUUCUGUCAGUCAAAGGACUUAGCCCAGGUCUUCUAACUGAUCCCACUGAAAAAAAAUAAAUAAUAAAAACUAAGCAAGAGGCUAGUGAAUUACAUCUUAGAUCCAGCCACCAGAGUUGAUGGUAGCAAAUGUUUCCCAGGCCUUUGCUUUGCCGGUGGAAACUUUUUGCUUCCUAUUGAAAUCCCAAGAAGCAAGGAGCAAACUACUUGGGCCCCAUGAAGAUUGCAGCUCCCCCCUGGAGAUGUGCCAAAGCAGGUGGGCGUGAGGGCCUGCACCAGGCAGCCUUCCAACCACCUGAGACCACAGGGCAAGGCUUUGUUCUCAGCGGGUGGCUGAGAGUUCUUCCACCAGGUAAGAGUGGGGUGGAGGACAUGGGCCCUUCCUCACAAGGCAACAUUUUGUCCCAAAAUUACACCCCCCCAAAAAAUCAUGGAAAAACCACAUGCUUCUUUUUAUUCACCAAUAUCCUCACAGUUUCCAAACUGUGAUUUCAGGAGCCAGCAGAGGUUAGGGACUCUGAGCCCAUUUCCCCAAAGAUUUCAUCCACCAUACAGCAGUCAUGCAGACCCAGUCGGACGGUAAGAAACCCCACAAAGCUCUACCUAAAGGCCCAGGGAAAAAAAUCUCUUGCAGUGAAGGCAUUGGCAGAAGCUGCCUCUCUCUCAUGCCUUCUCUUACCCCAGACUCUAAGCUCCUGCUGACAUGAUGCGAGACCGAGGUGGAGCAUGACCCCACGGCGCUGAUAUGCCUUGAUGAAGUAAGCUGUUUGUUUUCUGAUCAGAUAGAAGUCUUGAUGAGGAGAAGUGACCCAGCCACUGAGAUCACGUUGCAAAUUCUAUUUCAUAAUCCUAAAAGGAUAAAUUCUGUAUUUUGUGUGUGUGUGAUCUGCAGCCACUUGAUUGAUGAGUGCUACACUGAAAACAAAAAACCUGCUGAAGCUCAGGUGCCUGGCUCAUUGCAUUCCACGGCAUCGCAUUUCACAUCUGAACCUCCGCCCUGGUGGGAGCUCACUUCUAGAGAUGUAAUGUUUCUGUUAUUUCCCAGAGCAGUUUCACUAAAGCUCAGAGAAAUAUCUCCCUGAUAAAGUCUAAAUUUGGGCCAUUGAAGAGGUUCUUUAAAGAAUAUUCCUGGAAGCUGGCAGGUGGCAUUGUGGCUAAGGCACUGGACUCCCACAUGGCUGACUGCAGUUCCAGCC